CGGAGGCUGGAGUUCUCCGUCAGACAGCUCCCUUCUGCCGGGUGGGUCGUACAUAAUACAGCAAAUAUGAACGCUCUACGUGUGAUGCUGGGUGUGUUGGCGGUGGUGGGUGUGUGUGUUGGUAAGCCUAGCAUACUGAGCCACCAUGUUGCCCUCCCCCACAACCUCCACCACGACAACAUCGGUGUCCAUAGGGUGCCUGUGGCUGCUGUCGCCCACCCUACUGCUGUUCACUACGUCCCUGCUACAACCAUUACUCACCACGCUCCUGCUGUCGCUGCUGUGGCUCAUCAUGCCCCUGCUGUUACUGCUGUCACUCACCAUGGUCCUGCUGUGGCUCCUCACGCCCCUACUUUCUCUGCUGUAACUCAUCACGCCCCUGCUGUCACCCACCACGCCCCUGCUGUUGUUCACGCUUCCUUAGCUCCAGUGAACACCUACUCAGCACCUGUAGCCCCCGCCACGUCCCAGUACCACGCACAGGACGAGUAUGGCCGCUACUCCUUUGGGUACAACGCUGGCAACUCUGCCCGUGAUGAAAGCCGUGACAUCUACGGUAACGUGCGUGGCUCCUACAGCUACGUCGACGGCAAUGGCAACUUACAGACACAACACUACGUCGCUGACGACUACGGCUUCCGUGUGGCUGGCAACAACCUGCCCGUCCAGCACUCCGAUGAUCACCCUUACCGUGGCAAGCGUUCGUAUGCUACCUUCCCCGCCUCCACUGGCCCCCUGAGAACUGUAGUCCACGCCACCCCUGCUGUGCACGCUGCCCCAGCCGUCCACGCCCCUGCUCUGGGCUACUCCAGUGGUCUGUACGGCUAUGGUGUCCCACGCGGAGGUUUCUCCUACGGGUACCACAGCGUGCCAUCUGUCGCCUCCUACAGGAGCUAUGCCGUUCCAGCUUACGGUGGUCACUAUUUUUUAGCCCCCAGGCUCCGUUAUCUGGAGGGAGUUCAGGGCCUUGAGUUCCUGGUGGGGUAUAUACAGUAUAUAUACGAGAGAGCGGCUCCUCCGCCGUCAGACAGCUCCCUUCUUCUGGGUGGGUCACAUCGAGUCUACCACACACCAGCAGACAUGAAUUCGAUCCGUGUGUUGUGUGUGUUGUGGGCGCUGGUGGGGGCGGUGACCAGUGACGGCACCCACCAUGGGGACACAAGCUCCUCCUCCACCAUCUUCAGGGAUUCUGUGGUCAGGUCCAACGGCGCCCCCGUCAUCGGCAAGGGCGUCUUCCACCACCAUACUGCUCAAGCGGUUCAUGGUGCUUCAGUGGCCCAUGGUGGGUCAGCAAUCCAUGGUGGGUCAGCUGUUCAUGGUGCUUCAGGGGUCCAUGGUGGGUCAGCAUUACAUGGUGGGUCAGCUGUUCAUGGUGCUUCAGUGGUCCAUGGUGGGUCAGCAAUCCAUGGUGGGUCAGCUGUUCAAGGUGCUUCAGGGGUCCAUGGUGGGUCAGCAAUCCAUGGUGGGUCAGCUGUUCAUGGUGCUUCAGGGGUCCAUGGUGGGUCAGCAAUCCAUGGUGGGUCCGCUGUUCAUGGUGCUUCAGGGGUCCAUGGUGGGUCAGCAUUCCAUGGUGGGUCAGCUGUUCAUGGUGCUUCAGUGGUCCAUGGUGGGUCAGCAAUUCAUGGUGGGUCAGCUGUUCAAGGUGCUUCAGGGGUCCAUGGUGGGUCGUCAUUCAAUGGUGGGUCAGGUAGUUUCAGCGCCCCGGUCGUCCGCAAGACUACUGUAGUUCAUGGGGGUCCAGUCCUCCAUGCCCCGGUGGUUCAUAGACCGGUCGUUUCUGCUCCGGUGGUUCGUACUCGGGUAGUUGCUCCUGCUGUGGUCCAUGCCCCCGUCGCCCCUGUGGCAGUGGGUUAUGCUCCCUAUGGCCUGGUGGCCCCUGAUCCAGUGAUCCACCAAGCUGCAAUGUCUGGCUCAUACGGUCGCCCUCAGUACGCCCCGGUUCUGUCACAGUACCACGCACAGGACGAGUAUGGCCGCUACUCCUUCGGGUACAACGCUGGCAACUCUGCCCGUGAUGAGAGUCGCGACGUCAACGGCCACGUGCGUGGCUCCUUCAGCUACAUCGAUGACUACGGAAACAUCCAGACACAACACUACGUCGCUGACGACUACGGCUUCCGUGUGGCUGGCAACAACCUGCCCGUCCAGCACUCCGAUGAUCACCCUUACCGUGGCAAGCGUUCUUAUACUAACUUCCCCGCCUCCACUAGCCCCCUGAUCAGCGGUAGCUCCCACGGCGCACCGGCCACCACCGUAACCCACGUCGUGAACGGCCCCGUCGUCGUCCGUGAGUCCGGUCCCUACGGAGGUGCUUACGUUCAAGAUAACUCCCGCUAUGGCGUAUACUCUACCUACAGCGGCCCCCAUGGCGGCUACACAGGAAUCUCUCCUCUUCUCGGCAACUCCGACUUGCACGGUGACUUCGACCGACUUGGCCUCCACGGGUUCUCCUACGGAUUCAACACUGGUCCACACUCCCUCACCACUUACGGAACCCACUUUGAGCAACAGAACCAACUGAGCCCCUACAGAUACUAAACCCAGGACUGCUCACGUCGUCAGCAUGAUUAGCGUCGCGCUGGUCCUCUGGAUAACCUCUGGGUGUCUCCAGAGGUCACGGCUGGACAUACAGACUGUUUGACUGUUCAUACGACGGCCAGAGAAAGGGAUGUCUGUCUGGAAUCUGAUUCUCACAUCAUCAUACAUUAAAACUUUCAUUCUAAAUGGUGACGUAAGAACAACAUACUGUACUAGUCGGUUGAGCUGAGUCAUUUAAAAAAGAAAGAGUCAGAGAUUUUGGCAAAUUUCUUACCGAUAUAUCACCGUAACUCGCUGUGUUCUCUCGUCACCAGUUAAGAUAGUGUAAGACUCUUUAAGACUCUGGAAUAAGCGGGAACUCACUAACUAGGACGAUGAUUUACCUGUCCAUCCUCUUCCUCCACCUAGAUCGUCCCUCUGUUUCCUCCUCCUCUUCCUCCUCUUGGGUCGUCCCUCUGCUUCCUCCUCCACCUAGGUCGUCCCUCUGCCUCCUUCACCUAGGUCGUCCCUCUGCGUCCCCCUCUUCCACCUAGGUCGUCCCUUUGCCCCCUCCUCCACCUGGUUCGUCCCCCUGCCUCCUCCUCCUCUUCCUUGUCACCUUCAUUCUCUGUUUCUCUGUGUCUUUACUGUGUUUAUUCACCUCCUUUCAUCCCACAGUUUAUCAGAUGUUUACACAUUUCUCUUUAAAUUUAUUUCCUUCUGAAUUUACAUAAUUUUGUAUACACUUUAUAAAUAUUUGAUGCUCUUAUGAUCUUAGGAUUUGUUUUUAUAAUUUACUUCAUAUAUUUUUGCUGGUCUUAGCAAGCUGAGAAUUUUCAAAUGAUUUUAUAAUAAAAGAAAAAAUAUUUAGAAUUUAGAUUAUUUUCUAUUUUUAUAUAUAAAUUUCAUCUUAAACAAUUGAUGUUUUUUAUGUCGAAAAAUUUUCCUAAAAUUUGUCAAGCAAGGCCCAUAAAAAUAUAUUACAUUAACCAUACAAUAUUAUCACACUGACCCUUAAAUAUUUUCCUUUGGGGCCAUGGCGUCACAGCUUUAGGGCCAUGACGUCACAGCUUUAAGGCUAUGACGUCAGAGCUUUAAGGUCAUGUCGUCAGAGCCUUAGAGCCAUGACGUCAGAGAUUUAAGGCCACAACAUCAGAGCUUUAGCUGCCACAACUUAAAGACUACAGCUUUCCACCUCCUAGUUAGUGAGUUUUAGGUGCUGUGAAGAGCAAAACUUAAUAUUUUAUAAACAUUAUUUUUUUACAGCUUUCAAAAUCAUGUUUCUGAACUCCAAAUUGGUUUCCUGUGCGAAUAAAUGAGAAGAUAUUAAAGGUA